AUGUACGCUUUUCCACAAGUCCUGGCGGACAUGGGGGACACUUUGACAAUUCGCCCAGCAUAUUCCUUUUAAGGCUUAGGGUUCCCUUAACGGCCCAUCUUUCUAGCUAUGUAUCGUCCCUCAAGCUCAACCCUUUUACGGAGUGGGGAUGCACCAGUAGCUUCUUUCGCAGCGUCAACGGCCUCAUCCCAAUGCAAGGGGACUGCUGGGGCAUGUCGUUGAGGCAUUUCCUUCCACAGGUCUUUUUGAGGGCUUCCUUCUCCAUCAUCUGCAGACGACGAGGAGUGGUCGUUGAUGAACAACUUGGGAGAGCUCUAAUCCUUACUUCUCGCCUGCGCGUGGGAGAUAGUGGGUGGCCUGAUAGCUUUCUACGUUGGCCAGAGUUUUUAUCGAAAGCCGGCUAUUGCGAUAUGGCUAGUCGGCGGGACACUUUCGGUAUCGCUCUUCCUGCUGGCCUUGCCUAACAGCAAACCAAAGCCAGAGUUAUGGAAUUGUAAGAAGUCAUUUCGACGUCAUGUAGAAAAAGAACGCCCCUGGUGGAGUGAUUCGUUCUACUGUGUGUGAUAGGUACUUUGUUACUUUUUGUGGUACGUGUUUUUCUGGAUCUUUUCUACUCUGAUAUGGAUAGGAGAUAUUCUACUCGGAUUUUUUCUUCUUGUAGCGUUGGUUCUUGCUCUUCACGGCUUAGUACGUUACUGUACGCUUCUUGGAAGAAAUUUCCUCGGGGCCUGGUCUCAACGCUGGUUUGGAAAACCAGAUUGGAGACACAUGACAUGACAUCUACUUCCGUAAAUUAAUAUCUAACGUACCAAAUCACAGUGGUGAGCGAGCAGGCAUCUUCGUCACUUUUACGGAGUGGGGAUGCACCAAUAGCUUCUUUCGCAGCGUCAACAGCGAGUCCGGAUGAAGAGGAAGAUAUGGAUUUUGACGAUGCUUCACGUUCAUCAUAUCAGCAGGGGAGAAAUAGUACUGCGUCGAGUACCUCUUCUUCAAGAGAAACGAGCAGACGUGGAGAGAAACAUAGUUUUAGAAAUGGUCCUCGUAGUCCGGUAAACGCCGAAGAUGUUGAUGCGCAAGAACAUGAAUUAACAGCUGCUUACUUGUCGAAUUUCGUGAUCUUUAGUACGAAGCUGGGUCCCGCUCUCAAGGUAGUAACUCCUGUGAAGACCACGUCACACGCAAGAACAUCAAGCACGUUGAAGAUAAAGGUAGAGAGUCCGGCGGGUGGGAGCUCAUUCGAGGCAGAGGAUAGGAGGGGGAACAACAGAACAGACGUUGAAGCAGAUGAAUCUGUUGAGGAGCAGGCAAAUUCAGACUCGGACAUCGCAGAUAGUAGUAUCCCUAGUAGUGGUGCUGGUGAAAAAACGGAAAAGAGAUCGACUAUGCUUCUCCGCGAUUCAGAGGGCACAGUGGUGGACGAGGGCGAGCCACAUGACGAGAAGAGGCACGAUCAUGAUCAUUCUGCAGUAAUAACUGUAAGGAGGAGGAAGACGAAACAGCAGACGCAUCUUCAGGGAGAAGAUGAUAAUACAGAAGGGAACCUACUAGAUGAAGUAGAUGCGGACCAUGAUGAAGUAGAAGAGGACUCGGUGGAUUCUCAGGAGCAGAGUAGGAUACAUCGGCAUAAUGUGAGGAAGAAUGAAGUGGAUCAACAAGAAGAAGAGCAGGAUGAUGAGCCCAGUUUCCUAGAACAGGGGUCUCACGUCAGAAGAGCCGAACCAAGGCCGCGUAGCUCACUUUCAGCUCGAGCUUCUAGUUACGUUACGACUCUUCCUACCGCUCAACCGAUAAGCUUUGUGGAAGUCGGCGCAGCAUCAGCCGUGACUAGUGGAAGUAGCUCCCGCUACUCGAAUGGCGGAAGUAGCGGCAGUAGUGCUAGAGACGACACAACAAGAAGAAAGAGGAAAAGAAAGGAAAUGGAGCAAUCUUUGCUGCAGAGUGGUUCAACAUCCUUUAGAGAUCACCUUUUAGAAAUCUGUAUGGAACUUGGGCUUUUCGGUCAGAAGUUCAUGGUCACGCUUGGCUUCGUCAUGGUGUACCUGUUUGUGAUCGAAAGUUAUGGCUGAUAGUAAAUCGUGAAAAACUGAAGACGAAUCAUCUUCCUUAUCGGAUAAUAUCCGUAGUGACACAAAGAAGCUGUAAAUGUAAAAGAUCAAAAUGAGUUCUACUAAGAAGCUGUAUAUGAGUAGUGACACAAAGAAGCUGUAAAUGAGUUCUACUAAGUUCUUUGAAGAUAAUAGAUGAGUUCAUCUUCGACAUACGUUUCUGUAUAUACCUCUAAGAAAACUACCCAACCCACAUUCGUGCAACGGGGACAGCAGUUUGCCUGUCGUGUGGAAGAAUAGGGUCGAUAACUGCACCAACGAUAUACGAAAAAAUGACAGAGGCUUCGGGAGGACCAGUGCUUUUCUUCAUUUAUCUGGUCUUUCUCUUAUGACUUUUGGUAUUGUUCCUAGGUAUAGUAAUUCUAGGGAAGUGAGCAACUGAUCAAACCUAAGAUAGCAGACGUUUUCUAUUUCAGGCGAAAGCUUCUCCUAUGUUUUCUACUUAUGAGCCGUCGACUAAUAUGCCCGUGGGGCUUGGGCUCUAGCUUUUCUGCGGCGAUGGCCGUUGUGCUUCAUCGUUUGCGUAGUCGUAGCGCCUGGCCGUUGUGCUUCAGGCUUUCCGCGGGGUGAUUGAGUGGAACUAUAGCGGGAAACUGUAGACCCAGGCCCCAAAAAAAGUGAGAUGCGUUCCCAGAUUGAAUGAAUCACUUACAACAGAAUCACUUACGCAUGACAUACGCUACAAGCAGGUUUCUUCUAACUCUUCUGGCGAUGAACAUGAUGUUCCUGCUGUUUAUGCCCUUGAUCGAAACCGGGGGAUUGCAGUUGAGCGACGACGCGUACAGUACCGACAAGGCGAGCAUUAAGAACCCCAUAAUGUUGGUCGUCUUUCUAUUUGCCUUAUCUCACGCUUACUGGCACGUUAUUGAAGCAUCUUGAUUCUUCGAUGAACGAGAAUAGUUGUGCUCUAGUACCUCUACUGGGGACACCAUGAUAGAUGAUGAUCUACUUGGUAGAGAUGCACAUACUUUAGUAGAGAUACUAUAUUGUAUUGUAUUGUAUUGAGUAAGCAUCGUGAGGAAACACUAUGACGCCGCGCGGUAGUCUGCACUGAAUUCUGUGCGAGAUUAAUUCUUUUGUAUUGCAUUGGUUGUUACCCAGAACCAGACUAAAUCCUGCUUCUAAGAAAGGACUAUGGGACGAGCUCACUGGUGGUUCAGCUUCAGGUCCUGCUGAGAAGGCAGAGUCUCUUCCAGAAGACUCAACAGGGGUUAAGGCUCAGACGCUGGCAACAUUAUUGAUACUUGCAUACAAAGCCACCUUGUUGUUGAUGUUGAUGUUUACAAAAGACGUGAAGGUGAAGCGUCUGUAUAAUUGUACCUCUGUGUAACUAAGUUUUGCUUCUAGCUUGGCCAGGUAGGGUCAAACUUGAAGUACAUGACCAUGACCACGAAUCGACUUCUACCAUUCACCAAUCUUACUUCUACUUUCACCAAGGACUACUUUUACCAAGUAGAAACAACUACGUGGACCAUACAGACAAUUCGGUUUAGUAUUCUUCGCACAACUUGAACACGAGGAAUUUAGCGAUGGAAUAAGCGCUCUUACUAACUGAGGACCAAGGAGCUCAUUCUCUCUCAUGAAUCCUCUAUCUUUCUCAAUAUAAUCUUCUAAAACUGGCGUCGACGGUAGUGGGGCGUCGGGCAGAAGUGCCAGAUCAUUGGAUCACCACUAUAAUUUGCGACCAGGGGACACCAGUGGAGGUCGAGAAGAAGCGAAUUUUGCAAAUGCAUUGGACGAUGCGCAAAAGAUCGAAAAAUGAAGUAGACGCAUUGCCUUCGAAAAAUGAACUCUUUCUUCGAUUUUGAUGGUUUUGGUUUGGUGUGAGAAAGAAAAUAGAAGUCCAGAACAACUGCGUUUUCGUUCUUUCCUACUGCAGACCUUCGUUACCAUUUUUGCGUCGUUGAUGGCCGUGCGUGACAUAUUUUUAUGUCUACUGCUCUUCACCGACUUCACAUUUUGCUAUGAUUUUUUUUUUGGUAAUACUAGACUACCACAGCUAGAUGAAGACAUUGAGAUAACAGAAGCUGCUUCUCCACAAAGAAAGCCAAUUCCUUGAGUUGUGGUCACUCAACUACUCAACAAGAUCGAGGAGAUUGGCCGCAAGAUAAAUGAGUCUUUUUGCUACAACUUUCCUAUGGAACGAAUCGAACUUUUCGUGGUCC